AUGCACGCCAAAACCUCUCACGUCUCGCAACCAGCUCCCUUACCAGAUUUGUGUUCACCCCAGUGCGUGCUUAACCCCAACCAUUUCUCCGACUUUAUGGAUACCAACGCGGUUAUCGAUCUCGUCCACGAGGUGCAGGGCCAGCUCUGGGUCGACAAGGUGAACGAGACUCACAGAACAGGCCGACUCUGCCGGUGGGUGUCGACUUUCCAUCCCCACAAUCUUCCCUGUCAACUCGACGGCACCUUUCACCAUGGUGCAUUUAAUGCCGGCAUGAAGAUGGUCUUCAGCGACGGCACUGCCUGGAUGAUCCGUUUCCCUCGUGUAGGGAUGGUUAGUGACAAUUACGCCGACGAGAAGGUUGCCAUGGAGGUGACCGCCCUGAGUCUUAUUCGUAACAAAACUACCAUUCCUGUCCCCAGAGUCCAGGCAUGGGGUGUUGCUGCCGGCAACCCACUUGGUUUGGGUCCGUUCAUUAUGAUGGACUUUAUCAACGGUGUGAGCCUCAGCGACCUUCUCAAUAAUCCCAAUGCCGAGCGCCCUACUAGACUCAUGAGGGAGGAUAUCAAUGAUAGUGAUAUUGAAAUUAUCUACCGGCAAUUGGUGAAUUAUCUGCUUCAGCUUUUCAAGCUUGAUUUUGACCGGAUUGGUAGCUUGCCAUGGCCGGGGGUUGACGCCCAAAGCGCGACACUGGCACGCCCGCUAACCUUUAAGGCACAUAGUAUCCUACAAAAUGGAGGAGUCAACACUUUUGGCGACCGACGCCAGGGGUAUACAACAACAACUGAGUAUUUUCAAUAUGUUGUUGGGCAAGACUGGGCGCAGCUUGUUCAGCAGCCAAACUCGACUGUUGGUUUAUACGAUGCGAAAAACAAAUACAUGGCGUUUCAGGUUCUAAAAGCCCUGAUACCUGACUUAGUCAAUGCCAAGUAUGACCGUUGCAAGUUCAAGUUGAUUUGCGAUGAUCUUGGUUUGGCCAACCUGAUUGUUCGAAGCAAGAAAGAUCUCACCGUCAUUGGAGUAGUGGAUCUUGAGUGGUCAUACGUUGGGCCUGCCCAGUUGUUUGGCUCGGCACCGUGGUGGCUUCUUCAAGACAGACCUGUCAACAGCGCAUGGGAUUAUGAGGAUGACAAGCCGCCCAAGAUUGCCGCCCGGUACUUUAAGUGCCUAAAGUCUUUUAUACGAAUUUUAGAGGAGGAAGAGGAAAAAAUUCCAGGACAUGAAGAGAGAGAGCUCUCUAGUCUUGUCAAGUGGUCACAAACCUCUGGAGCCAUGUGGCUGCACAUGCUCCUCUCUUCCGGCUUUAAUGAUUAUUGCAGCUUUCCUUUUACACAGCUGCGCCGACAUUUUCACACUGAGUGGCUGAAGCGCGAGGAGGAAUUUAACAACACGGAAGAGCUUGAGGCAUUUGCGGUGCGGAAGGUGAGCGAGUUGGAAGAGUAUGAUGAGGCCUUGGAGAAGAGAGAGAAAGAUAAAGCGCUUGUCGACAGUGGGAUGAUGACAAAGGAGGAAUUUGUUGCCAAUACUCUGACAUCAGAGUCAGACUCUCCCGCCUGGUCCUCAUCGUUUGUAGUCAACAAUGAGGCGAGAAAUGACAAGGGGCUGUUCCAGAAGGUAGCAGCUACCUGGCUCUGGUCAGUCUUCUUCUGGCUCGAAGAAAGGCCACAAGCCCAUGUCUCGCCACACUGCACCUUUGCAAAGCGAUCUCUACAGCAGCUUUCGACCCUCAAACGAAAGUUCCUAUCAUGCGUGCAGCGCAUGUGGGCAGCAAUCAUCUUAGCCUGUUGGAGGAUUAGUGCCACCAUUCGCCCAACGUGCAGACUCUAG